UGCCUAAGUUUUAUUUCUACAAUUCUGAAACAAAUUCGAACUUUUAUUUUGUGGCAUAUAUCAGGACUUUAAUUUCUGUUUUUCUCCAAAGGAAAGGUGAAAUUACCUGGCGAUAUCAUGCCAUCUUCUUGCGAUUUUUAUUACCCACUAGUUACUGCAAGAAGUCGCCCUUGGAGUUUGUCACUGCAAGACGACAGUAGAGACUCUGUGACGACAAAGUGCCUGUGCUGGACAGGCUCUGUACCAUCGACUCCGGAUAUGGCUCUCGUGGAGCAGGGUGAGAAUGCGCCUGAUGAGAACUGCAGACGACUUGUUGUGCUGGGAUCAAGCAAAGUUGGAAAAACUUCGAUUGUUUCUAGAUUUCUGAAUAACAAGUAUGACGAGACAUAUACACCUACUAUUGAGGAUUUUCAUCGGAAAAUUUAUAAAAUUCGGGGAGAGGCAUAUCGUUUGGACAUUCUUGACACAUCCGGCAAUCAUCCAUUUCCGGCAAUGAGACGAUUGUCAUUCAUAACAGGUGAUCUGUUUAUUCUAGUCUACUGUAUUUCAAACAGAGAAUCGUUUGAAGAGGUAACCAGACUUCGGAACCAGAUAAUUGAGUGUAAAAGUCAGUGUAAACUUGGAUCUGCGAACAGAAAAACAAUGUAUACACCUAUGAUACUAGUGGGUAAUAAGUGUGACAGAGAAAAAGAUAGAGUAAUCGACCCUUCUGAGCCUCAAGCCCUCAUCGCAGGUCAACAGCAAGCUGAUUUUAUUGAAACAUCUGCCAAAAAGAAUGUAAACAUCGAAGAUAUAUUCGUUCGCUUAUUUAAACUUGCUAAACUACCAACGGAGAUGAGCCCGGCUUUACACCGUAAAGUGAAUCCGUCAUAUAUUAGUAACAGUGCCGCAAACCCUAAUCGUAAAGGUGUGUCUAUCCGACGUAAAAUGAGCGACGCCUGUGGAGCAAUUGCACCAAAUGUUCGCCGCCCAAGUAUAAGGACGGAUCUUUUGGUUGCACAAACUCGGACAAAUUUGAAUUCUUUGCCUGGUUCAAAUGCUCGUGAUUCCCGAUGCGUGAUUCAAUAGGAUAAAAUACAUUACAUGAAACGGAGAGUAACAAUAACUAGAACAUACCAGUGACCAGCAGUUUUGCCAAAAUGAAUCAUAAUAUCAUUUUAUGAUGAUGUAAUAAACAUCUUUUUCGUGUAUUUGGUAUAACAUAGAAACAUCUAUUGAACAUUUGUUUUGUGACCAUUAUCUAGUUAGGAUUUGUUUAUAAGAUUAGUAGUCCUGCUUAGGAUGGAAAAGGAAAUCUUUGUACAUGUAAAUUGACAAAUGCCACAGUCACGUCCAAAUGAAAGAAAUGGAU